CUGAGCGCGAGAACACUCCAGCCAGUAGAGGAUCACAACAACACGCGCGUUCUGUUCAAAACAAGAUUUCGUAAUGAUGCUUCAGCAUCCUGGUUUGGGUCCUUCGGAGAUCAGCGCGUCGGCGUUGGUGCCCUGCCUCUCCCCGCCGGGCUCACUCACGCUGGACGACUUCACAAACUUCACUCCGUUAGUCAAAGUGGAGCUACGAUACGCCAUCCAGAACAAGUGCCUGUCCAACGGCAUGAGCGCUAUGACCAAUGACCGAGCCUGUCUGAACGCCGAACGACCCACUGAACUGCCCGUAGCGAAGCGUGAGAUCAAGCCAGAGGAGAGUGAAAGGAGAAAAAGAAGAAGGGAAAGAAACAAAAUUGCAGCAGCAAAAUGCAGAAACAAUAAAAAGGAGAAAACCAACCAUUUACAACAGGAAUCAGAGAAGUUGGAGUCCAUCAAUGCUGAGCUCAAAGCCCAGAUUGAGGAGCUGAAAAACCAAAAGCAGCAGCUAGUCUACAUGCUCAACCUGCACAGGCCCACCUGUAUUGUCCGUGCUCAGAAUGGCCAAACCCCUGAGGACGAGAGAAAGCUCUUCAUCCAACAGAUCAAGGAAUGCACCUUGCAAGGUCUUAAUUUAACACAAGUGGACCAACACACACAAUACCAACUAGCUGUGGGCAUCUCUGAAUCAUAAACUUACAAUUAAGAAGCUAAAUGCAUGGAAGUCAUUGCCAAGGAACAUUAGAAAGUCCACCCGAUUAUAAAGGACUGAGGACUAAACUAAACAUGGGUGCCUUCCAUGCUAACUGAGGUUGGUCUGUGGUACACUGAAAGGGACUAGCACUAAAGAGUUCAAGGACAUGAAAUAUUAGAUAUAUUUUGUUAUUUAAACCUGUUCUUACUUGUAUGCACCAAAGCUUGAUGUUGUGUUUAUGCUAAAGCAACAUAAUUUCAUUUAUUUAUUAGUUUGUUGGUUAAACGAAACCCUGGCGGUGAGUUUGGCGGUUGUAUACUUGUGAGGAAAAAUGGAAGACUUAUGUAGCAAUUGCAUGUAUCUUUCAUUUAUUGAAGACAAAGAGAGCAUACAUUGUGAUUAUGUUGAUUAGCUUAGUUAUUACUUAUGCAUCUGUGGCCUCUGCGUCAUUUAAUAUUCACAUAACAUGCCACAUGAAGUAUUUCAAGCUGCUACUAAUCUCUCAGGACAUGGUCUAUUACAGGAAACUCGUACUAAAUAAACAAAGAAAAUAACAGGGAAGUCAAAGCAAAGUGGACUUUGAGACAGCCAGGUGUCAGGCAUGCUACUAACAAGAAAGUCUCUCCUUGUAGAGACUUGAACUUUCACCACUAAAGGCCUGUCUGUGCUGUUGCCUCAACAGUCUGAAAAUGUUGUUACAAUGCUGUGAGCAGAAGGGCUUACAUUUGCCAGCCCACUGUAGAAUGAUUGGUGUUUUUGUGCUAUUAAGUGAAACUUAUUUUCUGAUGUUGCACUUUUCAUAUAUUGUAGCUGUGUGUUGUUAGUGUCUAGAUGCACAACCCUCUACAUUUAUUCUAAAGAAAACAAACACUUCAAGUAAAGCUCAUAUUUAUUGUCUGGCUAUGUUCCUAGAUCAUGUGCCAAGCAAUAUGAGUGUCACACCAUAUUGUUAGUGUUUGUUUUGAAGAAACACAUACCAUAAGACAUCUGAUCAAGCACUCUGACCACAUUGCCUAACUUUAAAUUCAGAGUUAAGGAAGAGUUUUGUCUCUGUGAAAAUUUCUGUCAGUCGAUAUCUACAAGGGGAAAUAUUGAACUUUUUCACUUAGAUCUCCCGUAUAUUCUGAGUUGUCUAAAUUUCUUUUUCAAUUGUGUGUUGACUGGUUAAAUGGCGCAGGCGUCGGUUAGCCUUUCUUUUCCUUUUGUUAUUGUUCAACCAAGCAUGCCAAUCAUGAAAUGUAGUACUACUGGCAUUAAAUGUGUAAUGGAAACUAUGCUUACUAUUUGUGGUUAAACCAGAUUUUAUGUGUCACGUUAUCCAUGUCAAACUAUUGAAGUGCAGUAGCAACCAAAACAUUUCUGAUUGAGAAGUUAAUUACAUCUGUAUCUGAAAGAUGUCUUGCUGCAGUUUGACUGUUGUUUGUUUGAUACUUUAUUAAUAAAAAAUAUUCAUAU